UGGGAGGGCUAGAGAGCUGCAGGAGCUGAAGGAGGAUGCUUGGUGUUCCCUCUGCCCAAUGCCCUCUGGUCUCCCUUGCCCUGCUCUUGACCGCCGGGGCGCGCGCCGCGUCGCCACGGAAACGCCGGGCAGGCGGGGCGGCGCGCACUGCGCGCUCUCGGCUCCCGGUAGAAGUGGCGGCGUCGCCUGCUCCCGCGCGCCCUGGCGGCCCGGAGCCGCGCUCGUUGGGCUCCCAUCCUGGGUCCCGGGCGGCGGGAAAGGCAAGAUGUUGAGGCGCAAUCUGGAUGACCGAGAUGCUCAAACAAAACAACUGCAGGAUGCUGUCACAAAUGUGGAGAAGCAUUUUGGAGAGCUUUGCCAAAUCUUUGCUGCUUAUGUACGGAAAACUGCCAGGCUUCGAGACAAAGCCGACCUCCUAGUGAAUGAAAUCAACCUGUAUGCCUCUACGGAGACACCAAAUUUAAAGCAGGGUCUGAAAGACUUUGCUGAUGAGUUUGCCAAACUUCAAGAUUACCGCCAGGCAGAGAUGCUAAUGAACAUGGCAAAGGUUGAAAGACUUGAAGCCAAAGUAGUUGAACCUUUGAAAGCUUAUGGGACCAUUGUAAAGAUGAAACGAGAUGAUCUCAAAGCAACAUUAACAGCAAGGAAUCGAGAAGCCAAACAGCUAUCUCAGUUAGAAAGGACACGCCAGCGAAACCCAUCUGAUCGACAUGUAAUUUCGCAGGCAGAAACUGAAUUACAGAGAGCCACAAUUGAUGCUACCCGCACAAGUCGUCAUUUGGAGGAAACUAUUGAUAAUUUUGAAAAGCAGAAAAUAAAGGACAUAAAGAACAUAUUAUCUGAGUUCAUCACAAUUGAAAUGUUAUUUCAUGGAAAAGCUUUAGAGGUCUUCACUGCUGCCUACCAAAAUAUACAAAAAAUUGAUGAGGAUGAAGACCUAGAGGUUUUCCGAAAUUCUCUAUAUCUAUCAGAUUAUCCAUCUCGUUUAGAUAUUGUAAGAGCAAAUUCAAAGUCACCUCUUCAGAGAUCAUUGUCAACUAAAUGCACAUCUGGAACUGGACAGAUAUCCACCUGCCGAACAAGGAAGGACCAACAAGUAGAAGAUGAAGAUGAUGAAGAAUUAGAUGUUACAGAAGAUGAAAACUAAUUUACAAAAAGAAUUCACAUUUCUGUUUUCAUGUCAUCUAACUUGCAAAUGUAGAAUCACUUUAUACUCACUUGACAGGUUAAACUGUAAAAUGAAAUGCUACUGUGAAACUGGGGGCAGAGGGGAAAGUAAAGAAAAUUAUGCUG